UUCAUCAAGAAUUACUAAGCAAAAAAAAAAAAAAAAAAGAAAAGAGAAGGAACUUGUGAUAUAUUUACAUAUACAGGAUGGAGAUGAUUAUGGCUGGGAAGGUGGUGCUAGUUGUGGUCUUAAUGGUGACUAUGUUUGAAGGGUCAAGGUCAUUGACAUUGUGUGAUAUGAACGAUGAUGGGCUUUUGGCUUGUAAGCCAUCAGUGACUAAGCCAGAUCCUGUUGAGCCACCAUCACCAGCAUGUUGUCAGGCUCUUACAGGAGCUAACUUGACUUGCUUGUGUUCUUACAGGAACUCACUUAUGUUGCCUUCUCUUGGUAUUGAUCCUGAUCUUGCUUUGGGUUUGCCUUCCAAGUGUAAUCUCACCCCUCCUGCUGAUUGCUAAGGUGAAAGCUUUUAGGGGCGAGUUCUCCACGAGAUACUUAUUAGUAUUAUUUGUUUCACCAAUAACUGCUCAAGAACUCGUUCUAAUUUUCUGUAAUGCACUGCUGAAUUAUGUGAAGUUAGGGGUCUGAAUUACUUUGAUAGCAUUUUCUUUUCGUAUCAUUAAUAUUGGUCGCUGUUGUUAAAUGAUUCAUUUUGUCUACUGCAGUUCAGUGUUACUUUGAGAUUUCAGUGAUUUCAA